GCACUCAGAGAGGCUUAGUGUGAGGGCCCCAGCACCUGGGAAAUGUCUCAGGGAAAGGGUAGCUGUGUGGCCGGAAGCAGCAGGGGGGAGCAAGAGCGCAGUAUCUGAAAGCAUGCUCUUCCUUCUCUUCCUUUUCUCAUUUACACUCUCCCAGGACAGUGAGCUCACCCUGACUCUGGAGACGUGCCUUGUCCUGAUCCCACUGCUUGUCCUGGUGCUCCUGGGGCUGUGGUGGGUCCAGCCUCCUCAGGACAAAGAAUCCUCAGCCAUGAGGUUCCAGAGGCAGCACGUGGACUCAGGCAGCUCCCCCGGCAGCAACCCCAACUACUGCAAUGAGAUGAUGAAGCGCCGGAAUAUGACACAGGGACGCUGCAAGCCAGUGAACACCUUCGUGCACGAGCCCCUGGCAGAUGUCCAGGCUGUCUGCUUCCAGAAAAAUGUGCCCUGCAAGAACGGGCAGACCAACUGCUACCAGAGCAGCUCCAACAUGCACAUCACUGACUGCCGCCUGACAAGCAACUCCAAGUACCCCGACUGCUCAUACCGUACCCUCCAGGAGAACAAGGGCAUCAUCGUGGCCUGUGAGGGGAACCCGUAUGUGCCGGUGCACUUUGACGCUUCUGUGGAGUCCUCUGCCUAAGCCAGAGCAGCGACACACCCAUCUCAUCCCUUCCAUCACUGCAACACCUGCCUUUCUCCUCUUCUGUCCUUGCCCCACAAGAAAUAGCUGCAGUUAGGGCUCCUUCCAACACGCACACGCUUCCCCCUCCUGAGUCCUGCUCCUGCGUGGCUUUGGGGCUGAGGAGUGGGUGGUGAGGUGGGCCCCAUAUUAACUCCUUCACUGCUCCUUUCAAUAAAACAUAAUUGCAGUCGCCUGAUUCCUGAAGCAUCCUACCCAAGUACUGUUCUGAGACUUCCAGCAAGAAGGCAGGUAGAUCUGAUUCAAUUUGGUGAACAUCAAAACGAAAAAUUAAAUGCCCCUCCUGUUAGAUUUUCAGCGCAGAAGAAGAAACAAACUAAGGGGGAAGAAGGCCUUUACUUCAGACACAGAGAGCAGAGGAAGGCACGUAGC